CUGUACGCUGGAACGGGCAAGUGGGACCCACCAGCCACAGCCCUUACCCCACAAGGCCCGGCCGCGCUUAGCAACCACCACGAUAUCGGAUAUUCGACCAUCGGCCAGCUCUUCAAAAUGGGUCGUCUCACGGAAUACGAGGUCAUCGGGCGCCACCUGCCCACCGAGUCCAACCCGACUCCUUCCCUGUACCGCAUGACCAUCUUCGCUCCCAACGUCACGGUUGCGAAGUCCCGUUACUGGUACUUCUUGCGCGGCCUGAAGAAGGUCAAGAAGGCCACCGGUGAGAUCGUCAGCGUCAAGCAGAUCCACGAGAAGCACCCCCUCAAGGUCAAGAACUUCGGUAUCUGGAUCCGCUACGACUCCCGCUCCGGCACCCACAACAUGUACAAGGAGUACCGUGAGAUGUCCCGCACCGACGCCGUCGAGGCUCUCUACUCCGACAUGGCCGCCCGCCACCGUGCCCGCUUCAGGUCCAUCCACAUCCUCAAGGUCGUCGAGCUCGAGAAGGUCGAGGACGUCAAGCGCCCUUACAUCCGCCAGCUCCUCACCAAGGACCUCUCUUUCCCCCUCCCCCACCGCGUCUCCAAGAUCUCCAACCAGAAGAUCUUCAGCGCGAAGCGCCCCACCACUUUCGCAUAA